AUGUCGAGGGUUAUAUCGACGAGAGGAUUCCGAUCCCAGAUAGCUUCACAACGAGCUCUGCACAAACAUAGCACCUACGGCAAUGCGUUUCCGUUCACAACUUCUGCCAACCGGCAAUCCUACGCCGACACCAUCCACAAUCUCAAGAUAGGCAAGCACACUCGCGUGCUAUACCAAGGAUUCACCGGGCGUCAAGCCACCAUGAAUGCCAAAGAAUCUCUGGACUGGGGUACCAACAUUGUCGGGGGAGUCAAGCCCGGAUUCGAGGGUGAACAUCUGGGUUUGCCAGUCUUGCCUUCUGUGAGAGUGGCAGUGGAGAAGCUCAAGCCGGACGCCAGCGCUAUCUACGUGCCAGGAGACGGGACCGUUGCGGCACUGGAAGAGGCUAUCGAGAAUGAGAUCCCUCUCAUCGUGGCUGUUGCAGAGCAUAUUCCACUACAUGAUACAUUAAGGAUCCACGAGAUGCUCCGCACCCAAUCAAAAACACGGUUAGUUGGGGCUAACUGCCCAGGCAUCAUCAACGUUCAAGGCCGCUGUCGGCUGGGGUUCCAGCCUCUUCCCUUUUUCACCGAAGGUAGAGUCGGGAUUGUGGCCAAAUCAGGUACUUUGAGUUACGAAGCCGUAGCUUCGACCACACGCGCUGGCCUUGGCCAGACUUACUGCAUUAGUAUGGGCGGCGAUGUUCUCGCCGGCACGAAUUUCGUCGAAGCAUUUCAGGUCCUGGUGGAAGAUGAAUACACUGAAGGCAUCAUCAUGAUAGGCGAACUCGGAGGCAGUGCUGAGUUGAGAGCAGCAGAGUGGAUUAACAACUACAAUCGCCGAAUAGCCAACCCCAAACCCUUUAUGGCUCUGAUUGGGGGAAUUCAGGCGCCCCCUGGCCGGAUCAUGGGUCACGCCGGGGCAUGGGCAGCUCCUGGAGAAGCCAGCGCUGCACAGAAGAUCAAGAUUUUAGAAGACGUUGGAGUGACUGUGGUCGACCAUCCUGAAAAACUCGGCGCCGGAAUGAAGACGCUACUGGCUGAACGAACGUGGGCUGGAACUCAAGAUAGAACGGCUGCUGGUGCGGGUCAACGGAGAGGAUACCACACGGCACCGCGCAGACCUAAGGCGUUUGACCCAGGCAAAUCGGUGGUAGAACAGCGCCGGAGACUGUACAUCAAGCAGUCACAGGCAUUCGAUAUGUUGAACGCAAGGGGAGUUCCCACGGUGGUCUCUCCCACAAUUCAUGAGGAGAAAUUCAUCGCAAUUUCUAUCGAUCGAGAGAUGCGGCAGCCUUGUAUAAUCGCAUCACCGACCACAGAUCCUUCACAAGCUUUCCAGCUAUCUCGGAAGUUCCCUUUUGCAUACGGAACAGAUGCCCCGACCUCUCCGGACAUGCUUGAAAAGGUAUCUUCACACCUGGGCGUUUCUGGGAAGUGUCAACCAGCUCUUGGGAAGCUCAUUGCUGGACUUGUCGACCUCUUCAUGUCUAAAGAGGCAUUCGUGCUUCAAACCAAGGUUGUCAUGGGUGAAGAAGGGACCCUGCAGGUUCAAGGCGCGAAAUUUGGGUUCGACGAUGCCGCUUUCCGCAGUUCGAAGCGGCAGGCUGAUAUUCAUGCUUUGAGAGACUUCCAGAGUGAGGUUCCUGAGGAGGUCGAAGCUGAAAAUGAAGGCAUGAUCUAUGUGAAGCUGGCGGGCGAGGGCAGUAUCGGGACCAUUGUCAACGGAGCCGGGCUGGCAAUGAACACGGUCGAUGCCCUCGUUGCCCGAGGUGGCCAUCCUGCGAACUUCAUGGACACGGGGGGCAAGGCAACGUCCGAGACGAUCAAAGCUGGUUUUAGGAUCGUCACGUCGGACCCGCGGGUUAAGUGCAUCUUUGUUAAUAUCUUCGGUGGACUUACCCUGGGUGACAUGAUUGCCAACGGCAUCCUGAUGGCCUUUAGAGAUCUCGACUUGAAGGUUCCCGUUGUGGUUCGAAUACGCGGAACGCGUGAGGCGGAAGGACAGAAGCUCAUCCGGGACAGCGGCCUCAAGCUUGACGCUUUCGGUAGGUCAUCAAGAAUUGCCAACUCACUUCAAAGCCUGUCGCUGUGGCUAACCGAUGUGCUCGAAACCAGACUCCUUUGA